GCCGCCGCCCGGACCGGCUCCGCGCCCCCUCCCGGUCCCCCGCCUGCCAGCCCACCAGCCCGCCGCCCCCAUGGCGCCCCGGGCCCCGACUGAACGGGGCCACUAGGACCGUCGGCGUCCCCUAUCUUUCCCCGCCCUGCCCCCUCUCCCGCGGCGCGAACCCUGGUGUCCACGGCGCCCAGCUUUUGAGCUCGCGUCCUCAGGCCGGCGGGGGGGGAGGGGAAGAGCGGGGACCCCGGGACCCCCGCCCCCCCCACCCGGCUGCCCAGUCUCCUGGGACCCGGAGAAAAUGUCUUCGCGGACGGCGCUGGCCCCGGGCAACGAUCGGAACUCGGACACGCAUGGCACCCUGGGCAGCGGCCGCUCCUCAGACAAGGGACCAUCCUGGUCCAGCCGCUCCCUGGGUGCCCGCUGCCGGAAUUCCAUCGCCUCCUGUCCUGAGGAGCAGCCCCACGUGGGCAACUACCGCCUGCUGAGGACCAUCGGGAAGGGCAACUUUGCCAAAGUCAAGCUGGCCCGGCACAUCCUCACCGGCCGGGAGGUUGCCAUCAAGAUCAUCGACAAAACCCAGCUGAACCCCAGCAGCCUGCAGAAGCUGUUCCGGGAAGUCCGCAUCAUGAAGGGACUAAACCACCCCAACAUCGUGAAGCUCUUCGAGGUGAUUGAGACCGAGAAGACACUGUACCUGGUGAUGGAAUAUGCAAGUGCCGGAGAAGUGUUUGACUACCUCGUGUCACAUGGCCGCAUGAAGGAGAAGGAAGCUCGAGCCAAGUUCCGACAGAUUGUAUCGGCUGUGCACUACUGUCACCAGAAAAACAUUGUACACAGGGACCUGAAGGCCGAGAACCUCUUGCUGGAUGCCGAAGCCAACAUCAAAAUCGCUGACUUUGGCUUCAGCAACGAGUUCACGCUGGGCUCAAAGCUGGACACGUUCUGUGGGAGCCCCCCGUAUGCUGCCCCGGAACUGUUCCAGGGCAAGAAGUAUGACGGGCCGGAGGUGGACAUCUGGAGCCUCGGCGUCAUCCUGUACACUCUCGUCAGUGGCUCCCUGCCCUUCGACGGGCACAACCUCAAGGAGCUGCGGGAGCGAGUCCUCAGAGGGAAGUACCGAGUCCCUUUCUACAUGUCAACAGACUGUGAGAGUAUCCUGCGGAGAUUUUUGGUGCUGAACCCAGCUAAACGCUGUACUCUCGAGCAAAUCAUGAAAGACAAAUGGAUCAACAUCGGCUAUGAGGGUGAGGAGCUGAAGCCUUACACAGAGCCUGAGGAGGACUUUGGGGACACCAAGCGAAUCGAGGUGAUGGUGGGUAUGGGCUACACUCGAGAAGAAAUUAAAGAGGCCUUGACCAGCCAGAAGUACAAUGAAGUGACUGCCACCUACCUCCUGCUGGGCAGGAAGACUGAGGAGGGUGGGGACCGGGGCACCCCGGGGCUGGCACUGGCACGGGUGCGGGCGCCCAGCGACACCACCAAUGGAACAAGUUCCAGCAAAGGCACCAGCCACAGCAAAGGGCAGCGGAGCUCUUCCUCCACCUACCACCGCCAGCGCAGGCAUAGCGACUUCUGUGGCCCAUCGCCCGCACCCCUGCACCCCAAGCGUAGCCCAACCAGCACGGGGGAGGCAGAACUGAAGGAGGAGCGCCUGCCAGGCCGGAAGGCAAGCUGCAGUGCAGCGGGAAGCGGGAGCCGAGGGCUGCCCCCCUCCAGCCCCAUGGUCAGCAGUGCCCACAACCCCAACAAGGCAGAAAUCCCAGAGCGGCGGAAGGACAGCACGAGCACCCCUAACAACCUCCCUCCCAGCAUGAUGACCCGCAGGAACACCUACGUUUGCACAGAACGCCCAGGGGCCGAGCGCCCAUCCCUGUUGCCAAAUGGCAAAGAAAACAGCUCGGGUACCCCUCGGGUGCCCCCUGCCUCCCCAUCCAGUCACAGCCUGGCUCCCCCUUCGGGGGAGCGGAGCCGCCUGGCACGAGGCUCCACCAUCCGCAGCACCUUCCACGGUGGCCAGGUCCGGGACCGGCGAGCAGGGGGCGGGGGAGGAGGGGGCGUGCAGAACGGGCCCCCUGCCUCUCCCACCCUGGCCCAUGAGGCCACACCCCUGCCCACUGGGCGGCCCCGCCCCACCACCAACCUCUUCACCAAGCUGACCUCCAAACUGACCCGAAGGGUCUCAGACGAACCUGAGAGAAUCGGGGGACCUGAGGUCACAAGUUGCCAUCUACCUUGGGAUCAAACGGAAACCGCCCCCCGGCUACUCCGAUUCCCCUGGAGUGUGAAGCUGACCAGCUCGCGCCCGCCCGAGGCCCUGAUGGCAGCUCUGCGCCAGGCCACAGCGGCCGCCCGCUGCCGCUGCCGCCAGCCACAGCCGUUCCUGCUGGCCUGCCUGCACGGGGGUGCGGGCGGGCCCGAGCCCCUGUCCCACUUCGAAGUGGAGGUCUGUCAGCUGCCCCGGCCCGGCCUGCGGGGAGUUCUCUUCCGCCGCGUGGCGGGCACCGCCCUGGCCUUCCGCACCCUGGUCACCCGCAUCUCCAACGACCUCGAGCUCUGAGCCGCCACGGCCUGGGUCCCCUCCUCUUCCUCGUUCCCUCACUUCUACAGGAGGGAAAGGAGUCAGGGAGGGGAUUCGCCCUGUGCGGUCACCUCAGUUUCCCUGAAUUCAGUUUGGGGGCAGAUUGUCCCCUGUGCUGUUCUCCGGGCCGCUCGGCAUGAGAGAGGAGUGAGGGGCUUGGCGGGGGGGCGCUGGCACCUUCCUGGACCCUCCAGCCGUCCCGGCCCGGUUCUCACCUUGCCUUGGGGCACCUGAGGAGACUAUGCGGGCAGGGCAGGGGCAGAAAGGGAAACUAAGGAAACUCUUCCAUUCUCCCCAACAGCCCAAGAAUUAGGCCUUGGGCAGGGGCAGGAAGGGUUGCUGAGCCUCAAGACUGGAGAAUCUGGGGGGCUGGGAGUGGGGGUCAGAGAGGCAGAUUUCUUCCCUUUCCCCACCUUCAUGCUCGAACCCCCCUCCCUGCCCCAGGCUGGCGCGGGGCACUUUGUACAAAUCCUUGUAAAUACCCCCACACCCUCUCCUCUGCAGAGAUCUCUUGAGGAGCUGCCGCUGUCACCUCCGGUUUUUAAGUUAUUACACCCCGUCCCCCCUCCUGUCAGCCCCCUCACCUGCAGCCUGUUGCCCAAUAAACUUAGGAGAGUCCCCCUCCCCCAUGCUGGCCCUGGGCUUUUCCUUCCCUGCCCUCUCCUGCAAGUGAGAUUAGGAGGAGGUGUGUGACUUUGGGCCAGUGGCUUCUCUCUGAGCCUCGGUUUUCUUAUCUGCCAAAUAGGAGCAGUGGGGGUGUGAGGGUCAAGGAUGAUUCUGGCAGAGGGCAGGACAGAACUUGGCCUCAUCCCUGAGGCCCUCACUUCCUCUAUGGUCCCCUCUUCGUCCACUCACAUGCCCACCCACAUGUUAUACUGGGCUCUCAGCCACUUCUUACUCCAGUAGUACAUAUAUUCAAUAAACAGUCAUUGACCGGUGCCUACUCCAUGCCAGGCCCAGUGCUGGACACGGAGACACAAGAAGCCCCUGUCUACACGGGACAUGAGCUCUGACACAAACAGGAAAAAAUAACUUGCUUUGGGGAGUCCAGAAGAUAAAAGAUUUGGGGGGUCGGGGAAAGCACUCCAGAGGAACUGAUGCCAGAGUUGGGCUUUGAAAGAUGAGUAGUAAUUGAUAAGUACUGGUUAUGCCCUGGGCAAAAGCCUGGAAGUAGGGGGAUGCAUGGUAUAUCUUCAGAGAAUUGUGGGUAAUUUCAGUGUGGCUAUGUUGGGGCUGGGUGGAGAAGCAGCAAGAGGAAUGCUGUAUUAGGUCUAAUAGUCCAUCUACAUGGGCAAAAAAGGUAUUUGUUUGCUUAUGUUACUUAACAGUCUAGGGGGUCUAACUGCAGGUAUGGCUGGAUCUAGGCAGCAGGCCACCUCAUCUGCUUUUUUCAGUGCAAGUUUCAUCCAGUGGUUUCAUCUAGUAGGUGCUCCAUGAUGGUAGAGCUGACUUCAGCUGUUCCAAGCUUUCAUCCCCAGCUUAGAUUCUGCAGUAGGAAGUUCCUCAUGGCCAACUUCCAGCAAAAGUCCCAAGACAGACUCUCACUGGUUCAGACAAGUCAUGUCAUCAUGCCUGAACCAACCACUGUGACUGGAGUGGCCAGGACUCCUCCUAGAGUUGGGACAGGACUCUACUUAGAGGAGUAUCCCCAGAAGAGAGUCAAGAUGUGAGGAGAAAGGAAACGGAAGCUCAACAGGCUUAGAGAGUAGAGGGCUGUCCAGUACAGAAGGGUGGGGCUUGUUCACUCAGGGCCUUGGGGGCCAAAGUGAGCAAGCUGGCCUUUCAUCCAAAGGCACUGGAGCCAUGGAAGGCUGUGUGCAGGGAAGAGGCUUAGUCAGGACUGAGCCCUAAGCUGAGGCAUGGUAGCAUCAACCCUUGUCUUCUUCGUGGGACUGAUAGAAAUGUCAAAUGAGAAAUGAAGGGUGAUAAAGAGUGAGUGUUCCAUGUUGAAAAAUUCAGGGUCUGGGACAGAAAUGCGUUCCUGUCACAGAGUGAGGCCAGAGCAGAGAUCUGCUAAAAGGUGUUUAUAGUUGAGAGGGCAGAAAAAGGUGGAGGGAACCAACCCUGUCUCAAAAUUUCCAUCCCUGAGGGCUUCCUCUGCCCUCAUGGGGCUCACAGCCCAGCGAAAGAGGCAGCUGCAACCUCAGUGAUGGUCCAGAGGUUGGGGAGGUCUAGAGGAGGAAUGUGCCCCAGCCAGGGAGGGCUUCCUGGAGGAGGAGGCGCUAGCUAGACCUGCAGGGUAGGGCGUGUGUUCUAGGCAAAGGGAGCAGCAUUUACCACGGCUGGGAAGCAAGAGCACCUGCCCUUCAGCAAAUGGCAUAUGAUUCAUGGUCCAUAUAGAGCCACUGGGAGAGAUGAGGCUGGAGAUGCCAGCAGGACCUUGAAGGUCAUGGAGGGAGGCAGAGGACAUUGAGGAGCUGUGGCAAGGUCGUGAACAUGGGAGAGGCAGGCGCACGUUGUGCUGUAAGGGAGGGAAGGAGGUCAAAAGAGCAGGGAAGUCAGGGACAGAAGGUGGGGAGAAAAGGAUGGAUUUAAGGCUUAUGAGGUAAAAUUAACAGGCAGGAUAGCAGCUGACGGGUGCUCAGACCAUCUCUCUAGCGUGGUCUGUGUGGCCUCGGAGGGUGGAGCUGGGAUUAACGAUGAGAUCUUCAAUUUGGGGGCAGUAUUGUAGGAUAACCCAAUGUCUGACAGGUCCUGCAUGCUUUGACCUUUGGGGUCUCUUCCAGCCUUCCUGUUUCAAUAAUGUCUCUGGGAACCCUUGGAGACAUCCCUGGGCCUCGAUUUCUCCCUCUUCUAAACGGAGAGAUUCCUUGAUCCCAAAAGUCUUUUUCUUUACCUGUGUUAAGGUUUGGAAAAGUGCCUCCUCCAGGUCCGAGAGUUCUGUCUUCUCUGCUCUGCUUACGUUGGCCUUCUGAAACCUUUGUCUUCUGGGUGCCCAUCUGCAAUGCGCUUGGAUUGAGACCUCAGCCUAUUGGUCGAGUAGGGAUGAUUGACGUGGCCAGCACGCAAUACAUGCUUUUUGAAGUCUUGCAGGCUCCUCCCACUCCCCCCUACCGCCCCUUCCUGCUCAUUCAGGAGACCAAGCUCUCAAACAGACCAGUUCCUAAAAUUUUCGUGGGGAUUCUCUGACCCAAUCCCCAAUUUGGAGGAGAAAACAGCUUGGACAAAGACAUUAAGGUGGAAACUGCAGUGUGUUAGGAGCACAAGAAUAUAUUGAGGAAUAAUAGGAAAAGAACUAGAAAGAUGAGCUUUCAGCAAAUGGUAUAGAUUUCAAUUUGGUUAAAGAAUGGCAAAUAAUAGGAGUGCGUCCUAGGAGAUGUGGGGAGCCAUGGCAGUUUCUUGAGUAAAGGAAGUUGAAGACUGGCAAAGAAGGAGGCCAGAGAGCAGCAUACUGAGCUAUGUGUGAUGGGAGGUCUCAAACUCUAGCCCGGCGAGCCAAAUUCAAAUCUCACGGUUUGGCGUGUGUUUCUCCCCCUUGCGUGGACUCUGUGUUUGAGAUCUGAACAUGAGUGAUGGGAAGCCAAGGCCCCAAGCUUGGCUAUGUAACACAGGGCCACACCUCUCCGGGUCUCAGAUUCCCCAUAAGACCUUAUCGGUUUUGAACUAGACUCCAUAACCUCACUUUGCCUCGUUUUAAAGAUGGGAUAGAACAUUCCUAGUACAUGCCGAAAGAGAGCAAGACACUUCGAGGUCUCACAACGGUCAAUUGUAAAAGUCCCGUCUUCUCUCAGAUAACAAGCGCACACAAAGCUAAGGCCACCAUUGCUUUUACUUGUUGCUUUGAGUGGAGAAAAGGCAUGAGCUCCAGAUGUGCUGGGGACCUUUCAGAGGAAGACUUGAGGGAAGUUUUUCAUUGGCCAGAACCCAGAGGAUGGAUCCCAUUG